CCCGAUGCAGCUACGGGCCCGGAGCGCCGGGGCGGCCCUAAGCGGGCCCGGGAGGCCGCUGAGCUGGAGCAGCAGCGGCGCCAGGAGCAGAAGCGGCGGCGGGAAGCACAGCAGCGGCAGCAGCUGCAGCACCUCGAGUCCUUUUAUGAAAAACCUCCUCCGGGACUUAUUAAGGAAGAUGAGACUAAACCAGAAGACUGUAUCCCAGAUGUACCAGGCAAUGAACAUGCCAGAGAAUUUCUGGCUCACGCGCCAACUAAAGGACUUUGGAUGCCCCUGGGGAAAGAAGUCAAGGUUAUGCAAUGCUGGCGUUGUAAACGGUAUGGACAUAGAACGGGUGACAAAGAAUGCCCAUUCUUUAUCAAAGGCAAUCAGAAAUUAGAACAAUUCAGAGUUGCACAUGAAGAUCCCAUGCAUGACAUCAUAAGAGAGAAUAAGCGGCAUGAAAAAGACGUGAGGAUUCAGCAGUUAAAGAAGCUACUAGAAGAUUCUACCUCAGAUGAAGAUGGCAGUAGUUCCAGCUCCUCAGAAUGUAAGGAGAAGCAUAAGAGAAAGAAGAAGAAAGAGAAACAUAAGAAAAGGAAAAAGGAGAAGAAAAAGAGAAAGAAAAAGAAAAAAAAGCACAAAUCUAAAUCAAAUGAGAAUUCAGACUCUGACUAAAAAGUCAUUUCCUUUGAAUCCACCUUGUCACUCCAGAAUCAUAGCUGAAUGUCAGAGGUAAAGAAGAAGUAGCCACAAAAAGGCCUCAGUUGACAGAGAAAAAGGAACCAAAAAAACGUGCAUAGUUAGCAUCCCCCCGUGGCAUUUUGCCCUCCUGCCAACAGUGAUGAAUUCACCGUGAUGUUGUUUCUUACAUGCCACUGCUGGAUUCUCAUCAUCAUCCUCCCUGUGUACUAUAGUUUGUGAUUCGU